AACAAUAUGAAAUAGUGGUUGCUCUUGAAUUAUUGAGUUAUCUUAAUUAAAGCCGACUUUGGACUUUUGGGCAGAAACGAAUAAUGGUUUUAUCGACCGUUGUCAAGCCGCGAGAGCUCUUUUAUUAAAAGAUGUAUCUUGGUUACAAAUAUGUAAUCAGUGACCAGUGUAUGUUUUCAUCCUAGUGCUACCUACCUAAUCGUUAUACCGUUAUAUACGUGCUUGAUAUUACAGAUAUGUGCUUAUAAAAUUCUUGUGUUUUUAAAUUUUUCGUGUGUUAAUGUGCUAUUUUAAUUAACAAGUUUUACGAUUUGUAAAGUGAGGUUACAAUAUCCAUAUAUAGGCACAAGUAAAUUAGGUAUUCAUAUCAAUAUAUACUUUCGGCUAUUAUUGGAAAAGCGUAUGGAGUGUAGAGUUUCCAUCAUGUCUCAGUUAGGACUGUACGUGUUAUUGCUAGUUAUUGACAAUCUGUUACACGGUACCACCGCAACUUUCCUAUCAAAACUUUACCCAAGAAUUAAACAGAUUCCUUUCGAAGUUGGAGACGAUCCUGGCGUUCCACUGUUUUUAACGCCUUUAAUAGAAGCUGGAAAAAUUGAUGACGCCAAGAUGGCCGCUGAGGUAUACUUCAGUGGAUUUCUGAAUAAAAGGAGUUUCGCUGGGUAUUUUACCGUCGAUAAGACCUUUAACUCCAAUUUGUUUUUCUGGUAUUUUCCUUGCGAAACAGAUGAUAAAAACGCGCCGCUUCUCUUGUGGCUUCAAGGCGGACCUGGCGCAUCAAGUUUAUUGGGUCUUUUCAUCGAGAAUGGUCCAUUUUCGGUAAGAUUUGAACAUGGCUUGAAUGAAAGAAACUACUCAUGGACCAAAACGCAUUCUGUCAUUUACAUUGAUAAUCCGGUGGGUUCAGGUUACAGUUUCACAGAAGGUGGAUAUGCUCAAAAUCAGACAAAAGUCGGAGAAGAUAUAUACAGCGCUCUGCAACAAUUCUUCACAGUUUUUACUGAAGUUCAACCUAACGAUUUUUAUAUCACAGGCGAGUCUUAUGCGGGAAAGUACAUACCAGCAGUUGCAUAUACUAUAUACAAAAAUAAUCCGAACGCUAAGUUAAAAAUCAAUCUUAAAGGUUUAGCGAUAGGGAACGGAUUUUGCGAUCCCAUAAAUCAAUUAGAAUACGGAGAAUAUCUGUACCAACUCGGUCUAUACGACGAUAUCACUAGAGACCAAGUAAAAACGUUAGAACAGCAAGGGAUUAAACUUAUCCAAAAUAAACAGUACGAGGAAGCGGCACGUUUCUUUGAUACCCUUAUGGACGGAGAUUUUUCGAAUACCACCCUAUUCAAGAACGCUACGGGAUUCAACAAUUACUUUAACUAUUUGUACCCCAUCGAUCCUUUAGAAAGCGGUAGGAAUCUUACGGGAACAUACAUUCAGAGGGAUGAUGUCAGAGCCGCUAUCCAUGUGGGAAAUGCUAUUUUCCACGACGACGACAAUGUGGAGAAAAACCUUUUGCCUGAUCUCAUGCAAAGUGUGGCUCCGUGGAUAUCUGAACUACUAAACAACUACAGAAUUCUAUUUUACAACGGACAGUUGGAUAUUAUAGUGGCAUAUCCGCUCACUUUGAAUUUUCUUAAUAAUCUUGAUUUUAAUGCUGCUAAGGAAUAUCAAACAGCAUCUAGGUACCAAUGGACUGUUGAUCAAGAAAUAGCUGGUUACGUAAAGCAGGCAGGUAAUUUAACAGAAAUAUUAGUAAGAGCUGCGGGGCAUAUGGUACCUGCUGACCAGCCUCAAUGGGCUUUUGAUAUGAUCACGAGAUUUACUAGGAAUAAACCUUUCCACUAAUUGUUGUAAGUUUGUAUUUGUAUCUAUUAUUAAAUUAAGUUUAAAUUUUAUACGAGACAAAUGUAUCAAUUGCAAUCAAAUAAAUUAAGUUAAUAUU